UGCUUUCAACUAAAAGUUGCCUGAAAAAUCGCCACGUGCGAAUGCCCUAUAAGUUUAACAUUUCUAUUUCAGACCAGUAGUAUUACUUAAUAAAAAUCAUGUAUACUAGAAUUAAAUAUAUAAAUUUUAAUGGUAUAUUCCGUUUUGGUACAACGGUAGCAGCGCCUGUAAUUAAAUCAAACCCCCGCAAAACUCCAACAUUAAAUCGACCUUUAAUUUGCUGCAAGAGGAUACAAUUUAAUUUGUAUGUACCCGCACCAGAAAAAAGUGAGUUUGGCACGAUACCAUUAGCGUCCAGCGGUUGGAAGCAUUACAAAUCAAAAGACGAUUUUAUGAUAUUUAAUGCGACCGUAGGCAGAGGCGAUAUAAAGGCUGAAAUGCUAAAAGUAGAUGAUUUUCUCAGCGGCGCAAAUAUCCGUUUGAACGAUAGGCUUUUGGAGAAUUUAAAAUCGGGAAUGAAAAUAAAUAGCUUUACGAGCAUUCAAACGAAGUCUUUACCCAAAGUGUACGAAAGCCAGCAUUUGUUGAUUGCUGCAGAAACUGGAUGUGGUAAAACACUUGCCUUUAUGCUUCCCAUCGUUCAACGCAUUAUCGAACACAAACAAACGUUGCAAAUUCGUCAAAAUGGUCGGAGGCUUAACACGCCUUUGGUUGUUAUAAUUGCGCCUGGACGGGAAUUGGCAGCCCAAAUCGGUAAUGUAGCAGAAAACUUAUGUCACCAAACCGACUUAAAGGUAAAAACCAUAUUUGGUGGAAACACGAAGCGUCUGAUGGUCGAUCCGGAAUUUUGUGAUGUGGACAUUCUAGUUGCUACGAUUGGUGCUCUCAGUAAGCUAGUAACAACAGGCAUUUAUAGAAUGGAAGAAGUACGACAUGUUGUCUUGGAUGAAGCGGACACAUUGUUAGAUGAUAGCUUUUCCGAUAAACUUAGCUAUUUUUUGAGGAGGUUUCCGUUUCACAAAAAUCGCAACCAGGAUGCAAACAAUGUUGGCACUCAACUAGUUUUAGUUUCUGCAACAAUGCCAACGAAUACAAAUGAAAUACUGCAUAAGUUGAUAGAUAUGCAGACAUUGCAAGAAGUUUCAAGCCUAAAUUUGCAUAAAUUAUUGCCACACAUUGAACAACGUUUUUUGCGGAUGUCCAAACAAAGUCGACCUACAAAUCUAUUAAGUAUAGUCCGAAAGGGCAUCGGUAAAAAGCAGCCUCUCAUAGUGUUCAGCAAUAAAUCAGCAACGAGUGAUUUUGUAGACAUUUUUCUCAAUAAUAAUGGAAUACGCAGUGUAAAUUUAAAUGGUGAUAUGCUUAUGAAAAUACGAGUGGGACGCUUCGAACAAUUUCAGAAUGGUGAAUUUGACGUGCUAUCGACUACAGAUGUGGGCAGCAGAGGGCUGGAUACAACAAAUGCUCGUCAUGUCAUAAAUUUUGAUUUUCCGAUACAUAUAUCCGACUAUAUUCAUCGCUGCGGUCGCAUUGGUCGUGUCCGAAAUUUGCAGCCCUCGUUGGUUACGAAUUUUGUGUCCUCACGACGUGAAGUAGAGGUGGUUCAACGAAUAGAGCAUGCAGCUCGUACGGGCGGUCUUCUUCUAAAUGUUAAUGCGAAUAUAAAAAAUAUAAUAAAUAAACAAAUAUUGAAAGAUAUGCAAGCGGCGGGCAUGCAGAUUCCACAAGAGGAAGCAUUCUAAUUCCGCAAGAGGAAGCAUUAAAGUAUGUACAUUCGUAAAACAUAUGCACUGCCGGCAAAAGGUAUAGGCUCAGCAAUUUUUUCACAAUAUAUGCAUACAUUUUAUUUUUCCGCCAAUUUUUUAUAAAAAUAUGGUUCAUUCUAUGACAAAAAAAAAAUAUAUAUUCCUCAACUAUGUGCAGAACUCCAGAAAAUUCUGCAA